AUGAGCGCUUUCCUGAGUCUCACUGAACAACAAAAGAAAGCUUUGUUCGCCGCGUUGAGUCGAAAGGAUGUGUUCACCAUUUUAUCAACCGGACAUGGAAAGUAUAUAAUAUUUCAGUCGUUACCUGAUGUUUGCAAGUACCUUUCCUUAAGAGGCUACUCAUACCCUCGCCAGCAUGCAAUAAUUUUGGUUGUCUGUCCUCUCAAGGCUCUUGUGGACUCGCAUAUCCGCGAACUGCGAAACCGUGGCGUCUCAGCAACCAGUUUGAGCAGUCCAGACGUUGACGACCAGAAUCUCGUGUCUCGA